ACCUGAUUACUAGCUGGAAUUUAAAGACAAAAGCUGAAUUUCUUCAGCUGUUGAGCUGAUCGAUACUUGGACAGGCAACAAACUGAAACAUCAUGCAGGGGUUUACUGUUUUCAUUAUUUGCUGUUCUCUGCUCUUUGUGACUCACGGGCAACACCCCAGGCCAUGUGCUGCUCCACCACUUUUUGAAGGCAGACUUGUAACUAUUGAUCCAAGCAAGCAUUUUGAAUUUAUUGCCGCAUUUUCCUAUGAUGCAUUUGAGGAGAGAGAGCGUCUUGUGGGUGAAGUUAUUACUGGUCCAAAUCAGACGAUUAUUGUGGGCACAAUUCUUCUUUACAAACAGCAUGCACUGUACAAUAUAUUUUAUCACAACAAAACAUGCAGCAAAAGUCCACUGAGUGCACCAUUUAGGAGAGUAGAAGUUCCCCAUGAUGCCCACUUUAAUGGUCAGUUUGUCAUUGGAAGUUCUUCAGCUCCUGGAGAGGGACUGCUUGCUAACUCCUGGAGCGGGGAGGUGAAAGAGCAAGGAGCUCGUUACCACUUGACUACCACAGAGAUUGGAUGUCUGCCAAUAAAUGUUCUUUAUCACACUAAUGAAACUGGAUGGAUUGUUACUUCGUACUACGACAUAAUUGAUGGAAUAAAGGACCCAAAUGUGUUUGUUCCUCCAGAAUUCUGCAAAUAGUCAAGGACAAAGAGUCAAGAAAAAGAAAAAUGUAGUAUCCUACCUUGGCAUAAAAUGCAACCCAAGGAUGUGAAAUAUAUAUUAAUUAUCUAUAACACUGGAAAAGGUUUAUUUAGUCUGAAAUGAAGAUUUGGAAUAUGGUUACUUUUAUAUUAGAUUUUUCAAAGUCACAUUUGUUUCCUUUGUUGAGAAAUCUUAUUAUAAAUAUGUAUUUUAUUAAUAUUUUAAUAAAUUAAUCCUACACUAUCAA